CACUUCUAUGUAAAUCGGCAGAAUUGCGCCAGAGGAGUAUAAAUCUGGCGCCAAGGUUGAAAUUUCUCUCAUUUGCGAAGUGUUCUUUUGGAUUACGUUAGUGUGGUUUCAGUUCUGUUCGUUUGUUUUGUAGGUAAAAUGGCCUUUUAUCAUGUCCUUGUUCUAGUCAUAUUUCAAGUCACAAUAGCUUCUCCACUAUUAAAUUCUACAGAAAUCGAUGAUUUCCUUUUCACUGACAAUACUACCACUUCAGAUAUUUCCGUAACAGAAAUCGCGAAUCUUACCACGGAUAACCUUUUUUACAACGAAACUACAUCUACAGAGGACAUUGAAGAAGUAAAUAACGAAACCCUCACAAAUGUGACAGAGACGGACUCAACUUCUGAACUAGAGACCGGCAGUGAACCUUACAAUGUUCCAACUAUUGCUAACACGACUGUGCAGGAAGACUUGGAGGAAACUACCAUUCAAGCUAAGAAAAGCCACGGUGUUUCAAUUUCUCCUCUUCUAAUACUUAAUAUCCUUACAGUUGUGUGCAUCUCUUGGUCAGCGUCUAGUAUGAACUUCUUAUAAAAUCAUGUUCCUCGUUUAUUAAUUCAUUUGUUUAAUUUAUUUGUUCUGUGAGCAUAAGUGCCUGAUGGCCGCCUGUAAAUAGUUUCAAUAAACUAUUCGUUAUAUUUUU